GUUGGUCAAGGCUUCCACGCUGAGAGACUCCGAUCCGCGGCUGUAGCGGUGCGGCAGCACUGUGUCUUCUGUGCACGGUUCUGUGCGACGUUCCCUAAGAACUGGGCCGUUCCGUGUGGGGGACCCUUUUUUGACAUUAGUAGUCUCAUGAAACUGCCUGCCUACAGUGUCGUCGGGAUCGACUACGUCUCCUUGGCACCUAAGGUCAAAGCCAUUGUCUGCGUCUGUGCGGCAACACGGCAUUGUACUUUGUUAUAUACUCCCAGAGAGGACUCAAAGUGCUCUCUGGAUUCUAUCAAGGAGCUGUCUCUGAUGUUCGGCCGUCCAUUGUGCGUCUUCUCAGACC